AGGUGAUAGAGUCCGUAGGGAAAAGGUGUGCAGUGUAUAAAGUGUCCACUGUUGUACAUAGCGGUCCUGCGCCCAUGUUUACAGACUUUGUUACUUAUUUGCAGAACUUUGCCUGCGAGUCAGAGUGCAGCUACUGCCCGUGGAGGGGGCGAGCUUUCCUCAGAUAGCCCGACGGCCGGGAAAUUUCACGAAAAGUACAGGUGUUAGCCUGGUACACAGCCAUGUCUGCAGAAGGAGCAGUUGAAGCUAAGACAGAUGGAGCAGAGGCCGUGACGGAGGCUGGAGCGGAGGCUAAAGCAGAGGCAGAAGCAGAAGUACUGGUAGUAACAGACGGUGUGGUGGACGGCACAGAUGCUGGCAACACACAUGAUGUCAAGAGAAAAAAGUUCCGUCCACUGAAGUCUAUACGAAAGAUCCUGGGGAUCAAGAAGGGGAGAAAAAAGUCAGGCGAUGACCCCGCCCUGCUGUCAGCCAAACCUGUGUCCAAGUCUACAGGUGCACUGCUACAGGUGGUGGAGACAGACCAGGAGGAAGAUGUCAGUAACAAGGCGUUGGCCAGCCGCAGCAUGUCGGCAGACAGUGUGUUCUCUCCUGGGAACGUACAAGCGAAGCCCCUUGAGAAGGGUGACAUGGCCGCUUCGGUCGACCACCUCCCCUCGCAAAACUUCCAGAGUGAAUUAUCAGCCAAGCUUAAGUCCCGUCGAAGUGAGGACGGGGCCAGCUCAGACGAGUGCCUUCCCCGCAGUCCUGACACGAUAGUUACCAUGGCAGACGUCAUCAAUGAACACAGUACACAGAAUGGAAUGAAAAGACACAGUGAAGAAAGUUUAGAAAGUGUAGGAGAUGAGCCCGGCAUUGCCAUGGCACCAGACCAAUUAGGGCAGAGAGAAAAACAUCAAGCCAGACAAGGCACCAGUGUAUCGGCAGAUCUGGGCAGCACAGGAGACGUUGACCUUGAUGCGAUUCCGGCCUCGCCGACACACCUCAGUAACCAGGCUGCUAAACACAAACUGUCCGUCGCUCCCAAGCUCAGAAAAGCCUCCAGCAGGACCAGAGGAGUCGGAAAGAGUCCCAGCACAACACCAGACAUUCCCAAGAUGUCAGAGAAUCACAGGACAGCUGACUCACCUGAACCUCCGGUGACACCUGCCGACACAGAACCACCCCCUAAACCUCCCCGUACAGGGAAUUAUAACUCUCCAAGAACCUCAGUGUCUCAGGAUGAGACAGAAAAUGGUGACCCUCCCGCAGUUGUUUCUCCCGUCACAGAAACUGUUGACAUAACCAUAACUGUAGCAGACACAGGUGACACGCCUACAGCUUUAACCCCCAAAACAGAUGACACACCUACAUCGGAAGCACCUGUUUUGGGCGCAGGUGGCACACCUGUAGCUGUAAUACCUGAGAAGCUGACAGGUGAUAUUCCUGUAGUAGAAUCACUUGGCACAGAAUCAGGUGACACAACACCCAAAGCUGAAGCACCUGACAUAACAGCAGCUGUAGCACCUGCAUCAGAAAUGCCUGGCGCAGCUGCAGUUGAUGCAUCCACAGCUGCAGAGCUUGGCAAUAAAAUGGCUGACACACCCACAGAUAUGGCAUCCACAUCCACUGUAGAAGCAGAUGGCACAGAAACAGCUAUAGCACCUGGCAGCACCACAGCUGUAGCACCUGACAGCACCACAGCUGUUGCACCUGACAACAUCACAGCUGUAGCACCUGGCAGCACCACAGCUGUAGUACCUGGCAGCACCACACCUGUAGCACCUGACAGCACCACAGCUAUAGCACCUGGCAGCACCACAGCUGUAGCACCUGGCAGCACCACAGCUGUAGCACCUGGCAGCACCACAGCUGUAGUACCUGGCAGCACCACACCUGUAGCACCUGACAGCACCACAGCUGUAGCACCUGACAGCACCACAGCUGUUGCACCUGACAACAUCACAGCUGGCAUACAGAUAACUGCAGCAGCUGAUGUUGAAGCUAGUGACACGACUGCAGCUACAGCACCUAGCACAGACUCUGAGGCAAAUUUCACACCUGCAGCUGACCACCUGCAAGAGCCCUCAGACCUUGUAGGGCACCAAACUGAAAGUGAUGAAGUUGUCAAGACAGCAGCUACUGAGAAUGAGGUUCCACCAGUUGCUGUUGCACCUGACUCUCCAGCUGAUACAGCUGCAGCUGAACCUGUCCCUACACAGUCAGUUCUAUGUGAAGAAGAAGUCCAAAUGUCCCCCGAACCUACAUCAGACCAGGUGGCACAAGAUGCUUUUGUCCCAACUCUCACACCGACCCGAGAGGAGGGGCCACUCCUGGAGGAACAAGUUGUGGAGUUCUGUCCUCCCGUAGAAAUAGAGGCCUCAGUGGAGAUGCCUGUAGUAGCCUCACAUGAGGGACCAGUAGCCAGUACUGAUGCUAGUAGUGUUGAGGUUGUGGAAGACAGCCUAGGUAAGUCUGAAGAGGCAGGACAGAAUGAUGAAGGAGUGGUUGAGGAUGAAGCAGGGGGAGGACAGGAGGAGGAGGCGGCUGAAGACUCAGGGGCAUCCUCGUCUGGUGCUGCAGGCAGUGCAGAUAUGGCCACAGAUGAAGACACGGGGGAGGCAAUAGCCCAGAGACUAUUGGCUGUUGUUGCACAGCAAGAACGCACAGCUGUAGGGGGAGGUGAGGAGCCCACAGCAGACUCACCCCCUCCCUCAGACCUGCCUGAUCAGCCCACCCCAGCCUCUCCUGGAGCCGAGGACGGCCAGGAACCUCCAGAUGAUGACGAGCUCAUCACCCCGAAAUCACCGACCCGGGGGCCGCCCGACCCACUGGGGGCACAGCUUGUGGAGGAGAUGAAGAGGAAACAGUCGGUCAAGAAGCAAGACUCGUUCGAAGAAGAGGUACCCCCACCUGAAGAGCCAGAACAAGGAGAAGAAACGGUCGCUGCAGAAAAUGAGGUCGCCCCAGCGGAAGAGCCAGACCCGACACCAGAUCUAGACCUCGAAACCAGCCAGCCAGAGGAGCAGCAUGAAGAUGCCCUGCAGGAAGAUUCCCAUGGUGCCGUGCAGCAGCCAGAGGAGGAAGAGGAGGAGGAGGCUGAGGAGGAUUAUGAACAGCCAGAGAAGGACCUCCCGGAAACCCCCCAGGAGACCACCUCUUCGGAAGAUGAAGCUCCACCUGCAGAGGAAGAACCUCCAGAAGAAGAAGAGGAGCCUGAGAAGGAAACAGAAAAGCAGAACGGUCCUGUCGAAGAUGAAACAGCUCCCUCUGAAGAAGAACAGAAGGAAGAACAACAGGUUGUAGCAGAGCCCAAGAACGAACCUGUCCGGCCAAAGCGUCUAAGCGUUGCAGAAACAAGGCAAAUGUUUGCAAAGUCAGAGCCCCCGCCAUCACCUGAAACUGAGACUAUCACAAGGCCAAAACUCAAGCCAGUUCCACCUAAAGCUGAGCCAACUCCGAGCAGCUCUCAGCCCACAAAGCCAGCAUCCGCUGCACCAAAGGAGACCAUAGUGGUGAAGAAGCCUUCUGCCCCUGUGAUGCCAACCCCACUGUCACCUACUGCUACUGUUAGGUCCCUCGCAGACAAGCCCCAGCCCAAGAAGGUUUUUGGUGCCAUCAAGGCACUGGAAGACCAGGGUGAUGACAAGGUCCCGGCCUGGGUAAGGAUAGCUCAGAAAAAACAGAAGGAACGAGAAGGCAAGGAUGAGGACGACACGGUCGGGGGGAAGAAGGUGGUGGUGGUUGAGAAGACUCCCCCUGCCACAUCAUCCAACCCGUCACCGCCCAAGUCCCCCGUCCGCAAACCGUCCACCAGCGCGGUGCCUCCCAAAGUGUUGGUUGUAGAAAAGACUGGAUCAGUCACAGCCAAGCCGUCAGCAUCCAGACCGUCUGUGAGUGGCCCCUCCAAGCCCUUCUCCAAGCCAGCUGACCCCCCCACCCCUGUCAUCAUACCAGCAGCAAAGUCCCCAGCUGAGCAGCCCAAACCCCCCAAAUCCCCCUCAAAACAAGCCGAGUCCAAACCCACUGGCAGUAUGUCCCCACCCCCCGCCAAGUCUGGUGACAUGAUGGCCAACAACAACAAGCUGAACCGAGCCGGACAGUUCCUGUCUCGGCAGCAGAAAAAGAACUUCAUCCUGCCCAAGCCUGAGAAGUGCAUCGUGUGUAACGAAAAUGUGUACCAGACUGAGAUGGUCAAGUCAGAUGGACGCUUCUUCCACAAGAAGUGCCAGCGCUGCCUGGUGUGCAAGCGCACUCUGGACAUCAGCAGCUUCAUGGUCAUCCAGGAGAAAAUCUACUGCAAACAGCACGGCCAGGAGGUCAAGCUGGCCCAGCAGGCAGUAUAACUGUUCUGUCAUCACGAUCGUUCCAUGUACAGCCCCUGUUUUCUCAAUGGUACGUCCCUCAACCAUGUAGCACUGACUGGUAGCUGUCAGAUGUACCAAUUAUUCCAAAUUUUAGCAGGGAUGGUUGUAUAGCAGUGGUGAUAUGCCUGGCUUGGGCAUAUAUUUUGAAAUAGGCUUAAUAGGCUUUGUCCUGUACAUUGCAUACUGCCAUUGCUUACAAGUAGAGGAUGGCAUAUGUAAUAAUGCAAGAAAAAUGAAAAGAAAGUUUUAAACGUGAGUCACUUUUCAGCAUUGAAAAGUCUUGCACGUAAUUUGUAUAGCAUGUAUGAAUUUUUUUCAUUUGAAAGUUUGGGUACUUUAAGGGCAUGCAUGUACAGUUCAAUUCAUGAGUUUUUUCAUGUACCAACUCUUGUUCAGUAGAACUUCAUAGCAUGACAACAGGACUGUUUUAUUAAUGGAAAGGUUUCAUCAUUUAAUAUGGAACCUUAACUUUCUAUGAUAUCAGUAUUUUGAAAUGGUAAUUGAGAUUUAUUCAUUGCCAGCAUUAUGCUACCAAGAAUGAUAUCAGACUAGUGCAUUUGUGCUAGUGGCAGAGCAACUAAAGUAAAUGUUACACAAGAACUAUCCUAAUCAACUGCCAUGAUGGUAUAUGGUUGUACAUAUUGUAAUUUCCCCAAAUAAAAUGGGACCAAACAAGCACUGAAAACUUUCCCAGUGGCAGUGAUUAGUAGUUUGUGUAGGGAAUUCAGGAUUUUGUCUCUAAAAAGGCAACAUUGUGUCACAUUUCUAGUCACAGUAACAAGUGAAAGAUUUUAGAACUUGCUUUUCUUUUUGCCAAUCUUAGCUGAUAAAACUGUGCAAUUUUGUUGCUUUCUAUAUUCAGUUGAAAUAAAUCAGUAGCAAAUUUUAGAAUGUAGUCUGUGGCAAUAUCUGUCUUACAGUAGCUGUAAGCUUUUUUCUUGGCUCAUUGAGGCUUCAAAUCUCAAUGCUUCAAAAUGACCAUCUGAAAGAAAGUAAACUUGUAACAAAUCUUCCUCAAAGUUGCCAUACCCUGUUUUCAUACUAUUUAGCAUGUGCAUAUCCUCUAACAUUAAAACUUCUAUGGGGACUGCAUGGAAUUUAAAAAUUUCACAAGUGAAUGUUUCUAAAUGAAGUUGUUUCAGCUGCUAAUAUUAUUGCUCAUAUAGAGGAUUAAUAAGAGGAAAGUCUGUGAGCAUUCAACCCUUGCAGAAGAGUGCAUCUUUUUAGACUGGCUUAUUAAUAGUAUUGCUUAAAAUGUAUAGUGAAAAACAAUGCAAGUCUAAUUCAAUUGUUUGAAUCUUUUUACUAACCCAUCUUUCUGUCAGUGAUUGUUAUUAAUUCUGCCAGGGAUACCAUUCAUUUUCUUUAUUGUUUGUAACUGUAUUACAUGUAUAUUAAUAUGAUGCCUAAAAUCUUGUACUGAUUCUUUGCUAAAAAUCCUUGCUUGUUUUGUUGUUAACUGGCCAUGCAGUAAUAUUCCUUCAUAAUGUCAUAGGAUUUGAUCUGCUUUUGACAUAAAGAUCAGUUGAACACUUUUGAAGUUAAUAGUUUUUCUAACAGUUUAACAGGUGGGAACUGUAGACUGUAGACUGACUAGCAAAUGGCAUGAAUAACAUUUUCUUGAAUGAGGUCAUUCUAAACUGUUAAAAAACAAUAUUGCAAUUGUGUAAAUACAACAAAGUAGUAAAGGCAGUCCAAGUUUUCAAGUCAGAACAUUUGAAAUGCAAAUGAAUGCUGUUGGAAUUUUUGAUGGUGCAAACCAGAGUGAUAUUAGCCAGUAUAUAGAUGAUAUAUUAUUAUAAUAGUGAUUUGCUGAAAUGCUGAUGUUUGUAUUUUAACCAAAGACAUUUCUACAAAAUAGGUCAGUAUUUCUUGUAUAUCAGUGAAAGCCGAUGUGCCUUGCCAGAAGUAGAAUCUUAACUCUAUGUGAUGUUGUAUCAUUAAACUCAUGAAUAGGUUGUACAAAGAAUCAACCAUACUGUUACAAAAUUUACAUGUACCAAGUGCCUACCAUGUACCUGGGCUUUGACAAUGGAUCAGCUACCUUGUCUACACUGGACUCUAAUCAUUAGCUUUUAUUGUUUAAAUUCUUGUAGGUGCUUUUAUAUGCAAUGAGAAGUACAUCAAUAUCAGAGAACAACUGUAGGAUGCCCCGACUAUAAGUGAAUGUAGGGGGCUUUUCAUAACUGCUGCACAUGCAAGGUGCUGUUAUCAAAGGUUAUAACAGUUGGAACUUCAACUUGGAGGAGAAGCUGAGACUGAUGAUUGUGUAACAAACUUGCAUAUCAAGGCUUCAUGCACUUUUUUGAAUAUGUAAAACAUACUUUAAGCUUGCACUAUGUUUAUUUUUUACCUUUUAAUAAUACGGUACCACAAGCCAAUGCAACAAACACAUCACUGCGUACAAAUUAUUACCAUUCUCAAAAAUCUUCAGUUUUGUGCAUACUGUAUCAUGAUAUGAAAUUAAUUGUAAUGUUGCUGUUGAAUAAGAAUUUGCUGCAGUGGUGGUACAGAAACAAAGACUCUGAGAAUUGUCAAUAGUUGAAUGGUCUUAUGCAUGAUUACAUUAAACAGUCAACUGUGAAAUGUUAAUGUCAUUUUUGU